GCCACCACGAACACAGACAAGAUACCUACUAGAGACUAGGUAGUACUACACUGUAGUAGUCUAGAUGCAUGGCAGUGAUGAGCAACGAGGACCAGGACCCUCCACUCUGAUACUAAUAAGUAAACUAGCAACAGAAGACUAAGCUUGAAUGGCAAGCAGGUGUGAUCCCAGCCAUGACGUCUCAAGGUACAUUGUACCGGUAGGAUCAACCGUUGUUGUUGGAACCAAGAACCGAGGAAUGACUGUCACUCGACCCGUUGCAAGGUACAGAAUAAUAAUAUGUACAAUUGAGGCCAUCGCUCGGUACUCAGCAUUGUUGGGGCCAUAAUCAUCUAGCAGCUAGCAGCUGGCAGCUCUCCAGCUAAGUGCUGCUCCGGUAAAACUGACCUGAGACUUGAGAUUGGUAUGCGUAUGAGCUGCCUGUUGUGAGAUCAGGCUACUACUACAGCAAGCAAAGACGCACAAUACCACCGAGAGCAACCUAUCAUAGCUAGGAGAUGGAUUGGUGACCUAAAGCCUAGCUAGCUUUUGCACCAAAAAAUGUUGUACUUGAUGUGAGCCUGCGACACCAGCCAACAUGUUGGACAUCCAACAUCCAAUGCCAAUUACAUAGAGGAAGGUCGGACGGAUAUCGGAUGGGAAUCGGAUAUUUCGGCAUCUCUGACUGCCAACAUUUAAAAAAGAACGAGCCUCAGAUUUGCAAACUGUGGAACUUCGUGCGAAAGAAGCUAUUAGCUGGCUAGCUAGCAAGGACCAAAUGAAAAGGUUCGAUACUAGCAAGCUAUCUAGAAGAACCCAACAUGCUGACCAAGGGUGUCGAAGGUGUCCAGGGUGCCGAGGCGGGGCAAAAGGCUCUGGACAUCGAAGAGAGCUCGACAAUGAGUGAGACGUUGCCUUGUGAUUCUAUGGAACUCGAAGAUGAUGACACCGAUAAUCAGAUCUCUGAUCCUAGUUGUACAAGUACCGAUAUGGACCUGGAAGAAGCAGACAAGGAAAACCAGGAGCCUGAGCAAGAUGCUUGUCCUUUCUUUGACAUUGUACUGGUCCGCUUACUGGAGCAUUUGAAAGCCAUGGAAAAUGACAUAGAUGACGAUUCUCUUGACGAGCCCAAUGCUGAACCUAAGUUCAAUGGUUAUGGUGAAGGAAUUGACAAAGCCAAGUGUCUCUGGCAACAAAUCAAGCUGGCCUUGGACAACGCAAAGCCGCCAAUGAGCGAAGAUCCAUGCGUUGUCAAUCUCCUGGUCUCGGUGGGAGAAACCCUCGAAGCGGAAUCGAUGCAAAUUGAGGAGAUUCAAUCUCUUCAAUCCAAGCUGAUGGAGGUGCUGGACAUCAUGCGUCCUCUUGAUGUGGACAAGUUGUGUUCCCUGCUCAAGGAACAUGCCCCUACCUGCGAACUAGUCGAUGGAAAAAACAUAAUUCUUCUGCUGGGCGACUCUGGAGCUGGCAAAACUACUACCAUGCUUUACUUGACAGGUGUGACUUUUGAUGAAGUGGAGGAGGAGGGCGAGUUCCAUCUACGACCAGUCGAAUUCCCUGAUCCAAAGCUCGCCCAGUUUCGCACUGGCGGUGGAUCAUCUUCUAUGACAAAGACACUCCAGUGUGUAGAGGUCACGACAGAUGAGCAGCAUAUCGUGCUGUGUGAUGUUCCUGGGUUCCGAGAUACCGCCGGAGCUGAAGUUGAUAUUGCCAACGGACUUGGCAUAGUUCGUGCUAUCCAACGAGCAAAAGGAGUGAAGCUGGUUCUGGUUCUUAGUCAGGCCGGAAUAGGUGAUCGCUUUCAGGGCUUAAACGAAACGCUUGAUUCCAUCACUCGGCUUAUGGUGAAUGACUUUGACUCUGCCUGUGCGGAGGCGUUUGGCUAUCUGUUUACCAAAUUCGAACCAAAGCACGGGCCUGUCCUGCACAAGAAGUUUCGCUCUGCCGCAGCCAAGAAAGAGGUCUUCAAGGGGUUACGUGCUCUCUUGGAGGACAUGGCCACAAAAACUAACCCUCGAGCCCAACUUGUGAACCCGCUGGAUGGAAAAGCGCAAGACUUAGUGAGAGUUUUGUGUGCAGGAAGCAGCUUCUUGGACCCGAAAACUUCAUUCAAGGAGUUCACGACAGAAAGCGCGAGCAACAAGCUGCAGCUGCAAUUGCAAUACUUGAAAUCUGCUUUCGACGAUGCUCUGCAGCGGAUGGAUUUCUGCAUUGCAACCCGUUGCUUGAAGCAAUUGGAGCAACUUGCCGAUGUGUUGUCUGAAGCAAAGGCGUCCUACAGGCAAGUCUCGGCAUCGGCGGUGCACUUCCUGGACGAGGCUCGCCAGAAGGUUUCUUCCUGCGCCCAGCGUUUCCGCAAUGUUGUGGAACAUGAUACCUUCGCUGACGAUCUCGAAGCCUUGAAAGCAGCAACUGACGAACUGCGAACCAUCGAGUCCUUCAGAGAUGAAUGCUUUCCCAAUGAGCUAAGCGUGAGCAUCUUUUGCGACGGCGUCAUUGGUGAUGUUGUCGCUGCAAGUGGUAGGCGCCUACUCCGGUACGACCCAAGUCUAUCAAUGGAAGACAUCUUGAGACUUCUCGACAGCUUCGCAGGAGACCUGAGACGGCUCAGAGAAGCCCAUCAAACCUUCCCAGAAUCAAAUUGUAGUCAAAGCAGUUAUCUCCGUGGCGUGGACCAGUAUACUGCCAUAGCAUCCCGAAUCGUUGGAGCGGCCGAAGCCUCCUUGCAGCUAUGUCCAAUCGAUCUGCAUGCCUUUUUCAAAAUGGCAGAAGCGCAUGAGACUCUUCGAAACCAGUUUGUCCUUCUCGAUCCUGCAAGUGAGAGUGUCAAAUCUAUGGAAUGGCUCCAACAACAUCUCAUGGAUAUGGUUCAAAGCAAAGUUGCGUCAUCAAUCAACGACAUCUCCACCCAAACAGCAAGUCUUAAAGAUGGAGUCAAAGUACUCCUGGGUCGCGACGAACCGUCGUGCCUCCCUCCCUUGAAUCUGUUUAGUUUGAAAGAGUCACGAGAUCUGCUCUCUGCUUUCGCUGAGGCAUCGGGUCAAUUUCACGACUUUGUAGCUGUUUCCGACGGUGAUAUCCAAAGUGCAUUGCAAAAUCUUGAUUCUACAGUGAUAGAGAAUUUUAGUUUGAUCUUGGAGCAUAGCAGAAAGAGUUUGGCACGCAUCAAGUUGGAAGAGGAGGCGAAUGGUUUGAUGGAAACCCACAACAGACUGGAGAAUCUGCGUGGUUUGUGCUUGCGCAUCAAGGAAACUUUUUGUGGCCUUGAACGGUGGCCUGGUCGGGUUCGCCAGGAGGGACUUCCCCUUUUCGAAAACCUGAAUGCUCACCAACACGCUCUCCAUGAAUACAAUGCAAAGCUGGAAGGUCAAAUUGAUGAAGCAAGGAAGGAAAUGGCUGACGUUGCCAGUCAAGCCAAGGCUUUCUUGCACCGCCUCCAGACGGAGGUCAACAACACUGCUGGCAUCUUGGAGGAACUCAGCCGCGAUGAAUAUUGGCCCAUGUGGGAAGAAAAGCGAAAGGAGACAAGUGGGCUUUCAAAGAAACAGCAGGUAGAGAAGAAAGGCUUCUGGGGGGCCGUCGGUGCCGUUCUUGGCUUUGGUGACGAUACUGCUUCACAAGCAACAUGCAACGAAGAUGCUCUCGACCAAACACUCAACGAGAUUAUCGUUGUGCUCCAAGGCUAUCUCGCCUUGGCGAUGAGAUCGCUGUGCGGAGUUCAGUGGGGAACGCUGAGUUGCAGUCAAUUGCUGUCUGUAUUCUUUGGGCAAGCAACACCCGAGAUUGUGCUCUGUUUGACCUUCAUGAGGCUUCAGCACGAAAAGCACUCUCUUGGAAAAGCAAUUCUUGCCCACAGAAAUGGCUCAGGGAUCAUGACCAGUCUCACCAAAACAGAAGGGGCCAUGGCGUUUGCCCUGAAGCAGCUGAUUGUCCAGUCUCAGAAACUGCUAUGCUCACAUCUCCUGGUGGAAACUGAGCAGCUCCUGGUGCUUCUAAAGAAGAAUUCCCACGUAAUUGAAUCCUUCCGCGUCCUGCUAUCAUGCGAUGGCUUUCUCCAACCUACAAGCAGUCAACGCAACCGAGAUGCCUUCAUUGAAAGUAUCAAUGGAUGUCCAGAUUACGAAAGGUUGAGGAGCAAAGCCAUCGCAACAGCCGUCGAAAUCGAAUCUCGGUUCAACCUGCUCUCAUUGAUCGACGAACGACGCAUUCUGAGUGCCAACGAAUUUGAUCGAUCGAGCUUCUAUCGAUCACUUCGCUCUCAACUACAGGCGGCUGCUUGUGUCAGUUGUCUUGCUCCGCACGCAAUGGAUGACACAACCCGUGCCAAGCUCCACACGCUAGCACUUGUCGUUGUCCCUGCGCUUGUGAGGGAAACGGAAAAGAUUGGAUUGGAAAUAAACAAGAUUAUGUCGCGUUUUCCCAACGCUCUUCCGGAGCUGUCCCUGUUGAACAUUUGGCUAGGCAAUCUGUCCACGAUAAAAACAAUUUUUGAAGACGACGCUCCAGCUGUGGCUGAGCGAGCCCGAAAAUUGAGGAGAGAAGCUGAGUCCUCUCUAGCAGAAAAUCUCGACACAAUUGCGGAAGCACCGUCACCCGUUCUUGCAGAGCUUGUCCCUCAGCUAAUUCGCUUGAAGAAGGUCUCCUCUGAAAUUGGAUACUGGCAGGCGAAAAUUGAUCGAUGCAUUGAUAAGGUUAUUUCGCGGGCAUCGUCGGCUGCACCUAACACUGGACGAUUCAUCCUCGACUUAUCUGUUGCUCUAAAGAAGGUCGAGGAGGACGACGAAGCCGUUGUACAUCAAAUCUUAUCACAGCACGAAUGUUUUGGUGGAGCAAUGAAUGCUGUUUUCAAUGCUGCAACAGCAAGGCAAGGCAUUGAUUAUGUGGUCAGAGGACUUGGUUUUACGAAGGAGCAAAGCAAUCGACUCAAGCGCCUGUACAACGACUUUGGCAGAGAGUACAGCACCGCUGUAAGGGAUGGAUUAUUGGAGGUGCUCGAUGGUGACACGGACGUGAAGGAGCAAUUCUUUGAAAGCCUUUACCAUGAUGCUGCUUCCGUUGCUUCCGAUUUGGCCACAGACUAUGAGGCUCAGUUGACUUCCCUCUGUGCGCUGCUUUUUGCAUAUUGGUCUCUCAGCAAAACAAACAGCUUUGUCCUCCAGCAUCAAAAUGACAGGAACUUUCUCAGCGGUGAAGACCCAAUGAACUUCCUGCGAAAGCCCCAUGCCGCUCAAGUCGUAGCAGUACUAUCGUUGUUGAACUUUCAAGAAUCUCGGCUACAAGUGCUGAAGAGCCACAUGUGUGAGCUAAAAACUGGUGAAGGCAAAUCGAUUGUUUUGGGCAUCACUGCCACCAUCUUAGGGAUGCUGGGAUGUACUGUCGACUGUGUUUGCUACAGCCGCUACCUCAGCGACCGCGAUUACAAGGACUUCGUUGACAUGUUCCGGCGCUUUCGUGUCCAAGGUUGUGUGCGUUAUAACAGCAUUGGCAACUUUUGCAGUCGUAUGGUGUUUCAGCGCUACAAAGCUCUUGAGCUUGCUGAGAAUGUCCUGCUCCGAAAACCGAACCGUCCGAACCUCGAUCGAGGUCGUGGCACCUUAAGGUUGAAGGUCCUGCUUGUGGACGAAGUCGACGUUUUCUUUAAAGAGGACUUCUUCGGAAGAACAUACAACCCCCUUUGGUCCCACAACACCCCGGAGGUGUCAGAUUUGGCCCACUACAUUUGGGACAACAUCAAUACUCUUUGUCAUGACAACUUGCUGUUUGCGCUCCCAGCUCAGAAGGUAGUACGAAGGUUUCCUUCAGAGGUGCAGCCAUUGAUUGAACAACAGAUUCGGCACAUGCUUGAUGACGCUCAAAUUGUGUCAACCGGACGAAAUGAAAAGUACUGCAUUGUGGACGACGAAAUUGCCUAUAAAGAACUUGACGGUCUAACCACCAAUACUCGGUAUGGGUACCAGACGCUAUUUGCAUACAUCAAAGAACACGAAGAGGGCAAAAUCAAGAACUUGGCAGACAAUCUUUAUGUGCAGGUAAUGUGUGUGAAAUUCUCUUAUGCAGAGCUCCCAGCAGGCUUCGACGCAAUCUUGGGCGUCACUGGCACCUUGUCAGGUUUUGGAGACCUCAAAAUGGACAUUUUGAAGAAUUCUUAUGGGAUACAGCAUUUUUCACACAUCCCUUCUGUGUAUGGCAAAAACAAGCUGACAUUUGCUGGUGACUGCCCUCGAGACGUCAUCCUUUGCGACUCCACAGAUGACCAUCACCUGGAAAUUCGAAGCGAGAUCGAUCGAAGGCGUAAGCCUCUCAAUGGAGUGGAAGGAGUUCUGCGACCCGUGAUGGUGUUCUUUGCCUGCAGACGUGACAUGGAAGCGUUCUAUUCAUCCGAGCACAUGAAAGCCUUUCGGGAGAGCAAUGCCGUUCGAAUGGUUUCCGAAGAAACCGAUCCAUCGGAAAAGCAAAGUGCUUUUACCAAGGCCACCGAGUCUGGAGCCAUUACACUGUUCAUCCGAGAGUACGGACGUGGUACCGAUUUCAAGUGCUUUGAUAGCAAGGUGCUCCAAGCUGGAGGUGCACACGUCAUUCAAUCAUUCUUUGCUGUUGACAUUGCUGAAGAACUGCAAUUGAAGGGGCGAACUGCUAGGCAAGGUGCGGAAGGUUCCUUCAGUAUGGUCCUGCAUGUAAAAGAUCUGAAGGGUGAUCUUGGUGUCACACGCAGGGACGUCGAAACCAUGCAAAACGAGUCAAAGUUCUAUUCAAUUCUGGAUGAGCGACGAACGAGCAUCGCUCAGAAGAAGCUUGACUCGGUGAGCGAGAAAGUGGAACAUGCAGAGAAUUUGCAUUACCGAAGUGUUGCAUUCGUGAAGGCUGCAAGGGAGGGUCGUCGUGAGGAGGCCCUGGACUUUUUGUUUGAAAUGAACUCUGUGUCAGGGCGUGGUCGCAAAUCAUUUGUGGGCAACAAUGAGAAACCAAGGUUCCUUGCAGAGCGGGAAGCACGCUUGAAAACACACCUUGAACGUCAAAGAGAACGACGCCGGUCUGCAGAGGAGUCAGCACCUGAAUGUAAACUCCCACAAGUUCUCCUUCUCGAAGACAAGGACACAAGCCACUACGGUGUUCUUGGCGUUUCGCACAAUGCCACGAAGAUGGAGAUCUCUCGGGCCUUUCGUCGACUCGCCAAGAUUCAUCACCCAGACAAGAGCUCGCAUGAAAAUGCGAAUGAAAUCUUCUGCCGUAUCAAGGAGGCCCGGAAUGUCCUGUUGAACGAUGAAAAACGAGCUGCCUAUGAUCGAGAGCUUGAACGCAACAAUGAUGAAUGAUCAAUCGGAAUAGGGCGGCUCUAGCUAGCUGCCUAUGAUAGUUUCCCCACCCAAGAUUUUCAGCUUAAGACGUUACAGUACAGUCGUAGGCAAGCAUACUGUAAUGGCGAAUUCUUCUGUUUUCGAGCUUACUUGGAGCUACCGGUCGGUUUACCUUCUAGCUUCUAAAUCUUCGAGGUAGUUGUCAGUGGUGUGCCCCCCGACCAGCUCUAGGCCUGCCAAGUAUGCAUAGUGUGGCUAGUAAUAGAUAGUCCUUUGAUCGUUAGCCA